AUGUUCGCCUCUACUGCUCGCCGCGCCGCGGCCCAGGCCUCCGCCUAUGCGCCUAAGUACACCAUCCCCCGUACCGUUGCCGGUAUGACUGUGGGCACAGCCAUCCAAUAUGGUUCUGUCGCCGCUGGCUUCGGUGUCGCUCUUGGCAGUGGUGCCCUCUUCAUCUUCGGCGAGGUUCCCCGUGUCCGCAACGAUAUCCUCCGCAAGCUUCCUUUCUUCGAUAACUACUACGACCGCACCAUCGCCCCUGAGGACAACCCCUUCUAA